GACUCAGUUCGAGGCUGUGUAUUCUUGAUUCAACAAAAUAUGCAUUUUUCAAGAUUACCAAGAUUUAGAUGGGUAUAUCCUGGAUUUGGGCCUCGCUGAAUCAUGCUCAGGGAGAACGAGGGCUUGCAGCUUCUGCUGCUUGCCUGUGUUGUGUAUUCGUGCUAGCUUACUGUGUAUCUGUUAGCCAUUCCAUAGUUUUGAUGGCUGCCAUGUGGAUCUCUAUCUUUGCCCUAUGUUCGUUGUUAUCGGCCCUAUACUCUAUGACUAUCACUCACAAACCCAUGGAGAAGUUUAGUUAUGGUCUUGCGCGGGUUCCAGUUCUAGCAGUGUUCAGCACCACGGUAUUAGCACAACUUUUCUCCAUUUUCCUUUCAAAAGAGUCAUUUGAACAUAUGCUCUCACCGGAUCAUCAAGGUUCCCAUGAGCCAUCAAAUAGCGCACAUGAACAUGGUCCGGAGAGCGUGGGUGGAUGGCCAUAUUUCCUUGGCGCUGGAGCCUCUUCCAUAGCUUUGCUGAUAUCUGCAUAUUCUCUGAAAAACCAGCCGUUCAAUCAUGUGUUAACUGCAUCGAGCAGCUCAAGUUUACAGGAGCAUGCUGCCGACAUCUGCCAUGCCAUUUGUUGGGUCAUUCCCGGUCUGUCCAGACUUCUCCUACCUAGGAUUAACUCCAUGGUAUUACUAGCAACAGUCACCAGCUGUUUACUCAUCCUUUGUGAACAAUUCAGACAUGAUUUCGCUUGGGCGGAUCCAGUGUGCUGUCUUUUCUUGUGCGUUGCGGUUUUCUCCACAAUGUGGCCGUUGUCAUCCUACACAGGAAUGAUACUCCUACAAACGGCUCCGCCUCAUUUAUUGAAUCAGAUUGAUAGGUGCAUUUCUGAAGCGUCAACCAUUGAUGGUGUCUUGGAGAUUCGAGCGCGACAUUUUUGGCAGUUGGAUUUUGCGCAGUUGGUGGGCACCGUUGAUGUACGAGUUCGACGUGACGCCGAUGAGCAAAAUGUUUUGACUUUGGUCACAGAUAAAAUGUCGUCUGUUGUCAGCAUGCUAACUGUGCAGAUUGUCAAAGAUGCUGCAUGGAAUAUGGAGGGUAUGAAUUCUAUGAACUCGAUUGCCUCUGAUCCCCAUAUUCACGCUCAUGAUGAUGAUCACGGCCAUGGACAUAGUCAUGGUCACGGCCAUAGUCACGACCACGAUCAUGACGAUGAUGGAGGUCAUGGACAUUCACAUUCCAACCCAACCGGACAUGGACACUCACAUGGAUCGGCACCCCACCUGGAUGCACACGCGUCCAAUUAUGGAGUGAAUGCUACUCCGGGCUUCCCCAACUUCCAACAACCUUACGGCAAUCCUUCAAAUAAUGCCGCAGCACAUGGUCAUACGCAUGAUGGAGUAACCUAUCAUUAAUUUUAUUUUAAGUUUUCAAGAUUUUGGCAUCAUCCUAGUUUUUGACGACGAUGUUUGCAUAGCUUAUUUAUUUCUACUAUUUAUACAUAUCCCAUAUGAUAGGGUAUUCAACUGUGUUGAAGUUUUAUCUUGUUAUGUUUCUAUGCGACGCAGUCAUUUCGUCAUGUGUUACUUUGUUGAAAUGUUAUUAUUUGCAUUUUCUGUGAUGAGGGCGACGGGAUAAAUGGGUC